AAAAAUUGCAACUUUCACUUUCGGGUAGUGCUGAGAAAAGUUAACGAUGGCGUCUACCAUGUGUAAUAUUUGUAUACUUCUAUUUAUGUGUUUAUUCGUUCUGCAAGUCUUAGCUGGAAGAGAUUUUUAUCAAAUACUUGGAGUUCCUCGUUCUGCAUCACUUAACCAGAUAAAGAAGGCCUACAGGAAACUUGCAAAAGAACUUCAUCCAGACAAAAACAAAGAUGAUCCAAAGACACAGGAAAAGUUUCAGGACCUGGGUGCUGCUUAUGAGGUUCUCUCUGACCCAGAUAAGAGGAAAACAUAUGAUAAAUUUGGGGAAGAAGGACUGAAAAAUGAUGCAUUUGGUGGAAGUGACCCUUUUGCAAGGUAAUUGUUUGCAGUCUUGUAUCUUU